GCAAAUACGUGAGGGACGAAGAGAAAGUAAUAUUCCCUCGGUACAAAGCCAAGUGUGACCAGCUGCUUCUAACAAAUGGAAGAUAUGUUACCGCUGUCAGAGCAGAGAGCAUCCUUUCCACAGUCACAGAGCAGAUUGAGUCAGACACAUAUUGAGGUCAAUUUCCAGUGAGAGUUGUUCCAACAACACAGAGGAAAUAGAAGUUUUGUUUUUUUUCCACCAUUCACAAUGCACACCUGCCCAGUUCGAACAAAUUUCAGCAUUGUGUUUUGCGAGAUCUGCAGCUCGGAUAGUGGAUAGUUGAGCUGGCUUGCUUUUCUUCAUACAGUUCAUCACCAUGCUCGGUGGUAUCAUCAGUGGAGCCUCCAAUGAGUCAAUGUUAUUCCACUCCCAGUGGAAUUUAUACUGUAUGGUCCAUUAUGGUGACUACUGUCAUUUCUGGUUUUGAUCUGUCUGAGUUUUCAUAUAUGGGGUCCGAUUCUAUAAUCUUGUUGAUUGAAGUAUGCAUGGAAAACCAUACCAAUCGGAAUUCCUGUGUGUCUGUGUUUGGCUUGGGCUACCAUGGUUACUUUGUCCCAUGUUAACCUGAUGGCCUUUAUUGUCUGAAUAUGAUACAUUGAGACAACCAAGGCCAUCAGUUAAAAUGGGACAAAGUAACCGUAUUUAAAAACAAAGAACUGUGGAUGCUGUAAAUCAGGAACAAAAAACAAACUUGCUCGAAAAGCUCUGCAGCUCAGCAGUAACUGGUUCUGAGGAAAGGUUACUGGACGCGCAAGGCUAACUCUGUUUUUCCCUUCACCGAUGCUGCCUGUCCUGAGCUUUUUCCAGCACCUUUUAUUUUUGUUGUAUAAAUUAACCAUAGCAGCCUAAGCCAAACAUAGACAUGUACAGGAAUUCCUAGAGACAUUGUUCUCCACACAAACAUAGAAUUGGACCCCAUGUAUAAACCCAUAUAGAUCAAAAUUGAAAUGACAGUACUCAGCAUAACAGACCUGACAGUGCAAAUUCCAAGCAGAGGAGAAUAACAUUGCAUCAUCAGAGGCUCCACUGAUGAUGUCACCCAGCAUGGUGGCAAAACGUCUGAACAAAAACAAGCCAGCUCAGUGACCAAGUCAACAAAGUCACAUUUCUGCAUUCACAUCCCAUUGACAUUUACACCAUUUUUGAAGAUGGACAGACUGAAUACUCGUCCAAAAUAUACACUCAGAAACUGAAUCUAAUCUCCAUUAAAUCAGUCUGAUAACAGCUACCACAUAACAAAUUGCAUCAUAACAGAAUAUUACUGGCUGCCAAAGUUCAGCCGUGUUGACAAAUAGAAACUGACAAGCAUGUGUUGAUAUCUCUGCUGAAUCAUUCACCCUGUAGAAACAGGCAAAAAACAGGUUGACACUCUCUCAUAUAUGGGGGAAAAAAAGUUUGCUAAAAACCAUUCUCAAAUUCACAUUUGAAAACUGAUAUGUACAAAUUAAUAUUUAUGCUCACACACCAAACUACACGUACCCAAAUGAUAACUAUGCUUACAUAUCCACAUCAUAGCAACAGAGAAGAACGGAUUGUUGAUAACACUCCAGUUUCACAGCAUAACUUCACAGGUCCAAUUUUAUAAAUGCAUUUAAAUAUCCACAGACUUAACAGUUUUUUUGCGGUGCAGUGUGAUAAUGGUAGUAGAUUCACCAACUUUAGGUACAUUUAAGUCGUAAUUGGAUUAGCAUGUGGACGUACAUGGAAUAGCGUAGGUUAGAUGGACGUCAGAUCGGUAUGACAGGUUGGCAUACUAUUGAGGGCCGACGGGCCUGUACUGUGCUGUAAUGUUCAAUGUAACGACACUCCAGAUUUCAGAAGCAGAUUCUCACAGGUACGUACUGAUUAUGAACUUCACGUGUCCAUGAAGCAGAAACUGACAGGAACAACUUGGUAAUAACCCUCCCAAUGUCAUACAGCUUGAACUGACAGGUACACUUUGAUAACUACAUGCAUAUCAACAGUGCAGUAUCUGACACCUAUGUAUUGGUAACUACACACAUACACAGUCUCUCACACACACUCACUGAGCAGAAAAUGAGAAAUAUAAAUGGAUAACUAAACAGACAUAUUGACAGGCUAGAUGGAUAACUCAUAUCUUGCAGCAGAAACUGAUAGUGACACUGAUUGAAGAGCCUAAGUGGGGGAGAGAGAGUAAAAUUGUCAAAUCAAUAGAAAGCAAAAAGCACUGGUCACAGUACAUCAGUGCUCGUCUGUGACCGAGGUAAUCCGAGUAAAACUGAUACCGAGACACGCUGGCAGGUGUCUGAGGAAUGUAUGAAUAGUUUGGGCCGAGACCCGUUGGAGAUUUGAAGAAGGACGUCAAACCUUUCGAGGAAACAAAAAGUAAGGGUCUUGACGGAACAGGCAAUUUAAAAUAGUGUCUAAAGAUGGUGCGCACGAUUAAUGCUCUUUUUCAGGAAAAAAACAGUUAUCGAUUGGUUUACUAACAUAUCGAGGUGUUUUUGAAAUGUGAAAUGAAUAUGCAGGUGCAGAUUUCGGCCCCUUUUUACCGCUUGCAUUUAAGGUUUUGAAAAUCCGAUUCAAGGUCAGAAAUGGACAUUCCACACGGUUCGGGAAUGCGGGAAAGUGGGAUGAAGUCAAAUAUACAUUCAUAAUCUUGAAGUAAAUUUCAUCACGCAUUCUAUUCUGUUAAACGUCCGAGUUUUCGUUAAAUAUUGGCGGGCUUUUCGAGUUUGAAAGAAAGCGGUUGAUGAUUUGGCGCCGGGAUUUUCCGGCCUCCUCCCCGGGCCCUCUCCGGAUUGGUGAGGGACGCAGAAUUCUGAUUGGGCAUUGAAACGACAUUAGGAGAUACUGAACAAUGUGACCAAUCAGCAAUGGCCGCACCCCCAUUCCUCCCGAAGGCAAAAGAGGGCGCGAUGUGGAAGCAUUGCAGCAUCUUUGUGAAAGUGUUUGUGAGACUGUGGCUAUGUCUGGGAGAGGAAAGGGCAGUGGCGGGAAAGCUCGGUCGAAGGCGAAGUCCCGGUCAUCCCGGGCUGGGCUGCAGUUCCCGGUGGGCCGUGUUCACAGGCUCCUAAGAAAGGGUAACUAUGCUGAGCGUGUGGGUGCCGGAGCGCCGGUCUAUCUGGCUGCGGUGCUCGAGUACCUGACGGCUGAAAUCCUCGAGCUGGCCGGGAACGCGGCCCGGGACAACAAGAAGACCCGCAUCAUCCCCAGGCACCUCCAGCUGGCCGUGCGCAACGACGAGGAGCUCAACAAGCUGCUGGGAGGUGUGACCAUCGCUCAGGGCGGGGUGCUGCCUAAUAUUCAGGCCGUGCUGCUGCCCAAGAAAACCGCCGCUGGGGGCGCCACUAAAAAGUGAAGAGACCGUUUUGUAACCUGAUAAUCCAAAGGCUCUUUUCAGAGCCACCCACAACAUCAGUGAAAGAGUCUCAGACCUCGUUUCUGUUCGAUUGAUUUAAUUUUAAAUAUACAGAGCCUGGGACUUCGCAACGUCAAAUUUCAGUCACAUCAUUCAUUGAUCCUGUAGUUGUCACGGUUCGAUAGAAAAUGAAAUCCAUCCUGCUCCUCCUGAUUUCGGUAAUAUUUCCAUUCAGAGCUGGCAGCCGAUGAGCAGGAAGAAGUUAUGAUGAGCUUAUUAUAAAAUUACAAUGUAUAACAUAAUUGGAAAACAGAAUAAUCGUUUUGCAAAUACGUUUUCCAGUCCCACUGCUUGUUGUUCACUGCCAAUUUCACAUCUCCCUUAAUCGCAUUCGAGAAAGCGAAAGUGACCCGGGGCACCACGUUGCAGGGUCAUUUGCUUUUGAUAAUGAACGGCCACUGACCCUCUGCGCAUUAAUCUCAGGUGCAGCUCAUUUUCCUGCCUUUGGUAUUAUCGAGUCCUCACAGUAUGGAAGCAGGCCAUUCGGCCCAUUGAGUCCCGACUGACCCUCUGAAGAGCAUCUCUCCCAAAGUGCCCUUCCAUAUCCCUGUCACUCUGUCUUUCUCUGGACACACUGGGCCCAUAGCAUAGCCAUGCCACAUAAAGUGCACAUCUUUGGACUAUGGAGGAAACCUCAGCACCUGGAGGAAAUUCUCAAAGACACUAAGGCCACCCACCAGCCUACCUUUUAUCCUGGGAGAAGUAGCCCUGGCCUGUACAGCUUCUCCCUGAAGCUGAGCCCCUUACAAAUCUUUUAUGAAUGUUUAAGCUUAAAGUAAAAAAAAAGCUUCUCGUCAAUCUGGCUGUUCAUCAUCUUGAAACCUUGGAUGAACUGUCUAAUCCAUUCCCUACAGCAGACCAGGAGUGCAGCAUCAAAAGUGGACGACCAGGGCUGUUUCAGAAAAUUCAGCGGAGAAGGCUUCAGCAAAUCCAUCAAAGAUACCAAGAGGCAGGACUGGAACAGUUUAGUGGCUCCAACCAACCAAACUGAGCAAAGCAAGAUAGUGGACAAAGACAGUUCCCACCCUGAUGCUGUCUAUGCUUGGUUUACACAGAAUGCCAGCAGCGUGGUGUCCACUGCCCCGCCAGGCCUCAAUGCACCUGUUCUAUCGGUCACUGCAGUUGUCAGAUCCGUCUUCCUGGUGAGAACACCCAAGGAAAGUAACAGACCUGGACUGAAGCACCAACUGUGCAUGUAAUUACUGUGGGGAGGUACUCUGACAUCUUUGAUGUCUCCCUCUGACAAGCUGUACUCUGCACCUGCUUGAGAAGACGACCAUUAUCCCAGUCCGAAAAACCACAUGCAGUAUGACUUCAUCUGUACUGCCCAGUGGCUCUGGCAUCCAAAAUCAUGAAGUGCUCAGAGAUGCUGGUCAUGGCCCACUUGAACUCUCGACUUUCAGCCUGCCUCAAUCCCUUGCAAUUUUCCCACUAAUGCAACAGGCCCACAGCAAGAUGCCCUUUUCCCAGCCCUGCAAUCAUCCCUGGAACAUCUGGGCAACAAGGCCACCUACAAUCAGGCUUCUGCUCAUCAAUUACAGCUCAGUCUUCAACACCAUUAUCCCUGCAAGACGGAUCUCAAAACUCACACCUCAGGCUUGGCUCCACCCUGUGCAACUGACUCCUCAGCUUCCUGAAACACAGACCACAAAUCGAGAAGAUAGGCAACUGAAUCUCCUCUGCAAGGACAUUCAAACACUGCAACCCUCAAGAAAGCAUUCUCAGUUCCCUACUGUACUCCUUGUAUACUCACUAUUGUUGUCAAAUUCUGAAUGAAUGCCACCUAUAAGUUUGCUGUUGACAACACGAUGAUGGGAUGGAUAAUAAAUAAUGAUUAUUCAGAUGACAGGAAGGAGAUGGAGGGUUUGGUGACGUGGUGCAAUUAUAAAAAGAAAACUGAAAUGUUCACAAAACAAAAGAACUUAUAAUUGGCUUCAGAAGGAAAAGAGCAGAACACACCCUCAGGUCCAUCAACAGAGCAGGGUGCUGAGAGUGUCAAUUUCCCAAGAGUUACAAUAACCAACAACCUUCAUGGGACUUCCCACAUAGAUGCAAUGGUAAUGAAGGCACAAAGGCCUUGUCUUCCUGAGGCUGCUCAUGUAUUUGGCAUGUUACUCAUGCACCAUAGAAAGCAUACUGUCUGGGUUCAUCAAGGCCUGAUAUGGAACCUGCUCUGUCCUGUUCCACGAGCAACUAUGGAAGGUUGUGUUCACACCCCACACCGUCACGGCACCCAACUUCCCAACCAUGGGCUCUCGUUGCUGUGCAAAGCCUGAGACAUCAAAAUCCAUCCAACCCCAGUGGUGGCCUCCUACAACCUCUUGCAUCAGGCAGAAGAUACAGAAGCUCGAACACCCACACCAGCAGGUUCAAGAACAGAUUCUUCCCUGUCAUUGUUAGACUGACGAAUGGAAUCUUAAAUUUCAAAAGUGUUGAUCUUGCCUGCAUACAUCCUGUGGAGUGUAACGUGUAUGCCUUAUCAUUUCCAUUUUUCACAUUAUGACCUGAAUGUGCUUACUGAUUAUGAUCUGGCUAUACUGCUCGCCAACAAAACCAUUCACUAUUUAGGAACAUGUCACAAUAAAUCUAACUAAAUUCCUGUAGCAGAGAGACCAGAAUUGAAUGCAUUAUUCCAAGUGUUCUAAUCCAUGCCCUGUAAAGCUGCAACUUGUCCUCCCAACUACUGUUCUCAAUAUACUGGCCAAAUUUUCCGAAGGAUACCAUCAGCAACAAAUGUUGAAACAGAAGUUAAACAAGAUACAACCUUAUUUUCAAAAGGCUGAAAAAGCCACCCCAGUGCCCCCUGAAAGAAGUUUUGUACAAGAUGUGAUAAUGUGAUAAUGGGCCAGUUGGAGGUUUCAGUUCAGUGGUGGUUAAUGCAGCUAAAUUGUAUGUGUUCAAAUAUCAUGAAACAAAAACAAAAAUGGCAACUUCUGAUCAGGUUCCAGUUUCACAACUGAUUUUUCUUUUUGUGAAGAGAAGGUGUGUGGCCAAGAUAUUGUCAAUUCACACAUUCUUUCCAAGCAGUUUUAAAAGGCAAUCAUUUCACGUUGAACAUCUGUCUCUGCCUCAAUUAUAUGAAAAGAGCACGUCCUUAAAAACAAGACACAUUGCUGAAUUUACCUUCACCCACUUGUUCAAAAUGUGGGAAACUGGCAUAUUUACUGUCAACCCCUCAUGCCUCCAGUAGCUUGUGAGCAGGUGUCAGCACUAGAAACAUAUUCAACCCUAAUCAUCAAAGCCCUGAAGCCUGCAUGCAUGUUACAUUUAUUAUAAAUACAGAGGUUAAAGCGGUUUGAAUUUGUUCAUCAGAUUAUUAGCAUCACUGGCUCGGCUAAACC